AACGUUCCUUUGAUUUUGCAAGUUCUUUCUUUUUCUUGUUUUUUUGGAUUAUAAACUAUUUUUUAGGUGGGAAAAUGGGGAAGAUUGCAGUUGGAAUUGCGGUGGUAUGUGGGGUGGCUGUGGCAGCGGCCGCAGCCGUGGUGGUUCAUCGGAGAAUGAAGAAAUCUGGGAAAUGGGUGAAAGUAAUGGAGAUAGUGAGAGAUUUUGAAGAAAAAUGCGCCACCCCGGUUUCCAGGCUGAAACAAGUGUCCGAUGCCAUGAUCGUAGAGAUGCAUGCCGGCCUCGCCUCUGAAGGUGGCAGCAAACUCAAAAUGCUCAUCAGCUAUGUCGACAAUUUGCCCACUGGGCGAGAGAAGGGAUUGUUUUAUGCUUUGGAUCUUGGUGGAACUAAUUUCCGUGUGUUACGACUGCAAUUGGGAGGGAGGGGUCGUGGUAUCCUCAAUCAACAGUUUGUGGAGGUUUCGAUUCCUCCGAAUCUGAUGUCAGGGACAUCGAAUGCAUUAUUCGAUUUUAUUGUAGCAGAACUUGCUAAAUUCGUAUCCCAGGAAAGCUCGGAUUAUGAACCAAAUCCUGGUAGGCCUAGGGAGCUUGGUUUUACCUUCUCGUUCCCUGUGAUGCAAACAUCCAUUGCUUCCGGCACACUUCUUAAGUGGACAAAAGGCUUCUCCAUAAACGAUGCUGUUGGCCGAGAUGUGGUAGCAGAAUUGACUGAAGCCAUGGAAAGACACGGCCUUGACAUGCGUGUUUCAGCUUUGGUCAAUGAUACUGUUGGGACACUAGCUGGAGCUCGGUUUGUUAACAAUGAUGCUGUUGCUGCUGUGAUCCUUGGUACUGGAUCAAAUGCAGCAUAUGUUGAACGUGCAAAUGCGAUUCCAAAAUGGCACGGUCCACUACCCAGAUCUGGAGAGAUGGUUAUUAAUAUGGAGUGGGGUAACUUCAAGUCAGCACAUCUUCCAUUAUCAGAAUAUGAUCUUGAAAUGGAUGCUGAGAGUUUAAACCCCGGUGAGCAGAUUUAUGAGAAGGUAUUGUCUGGUAUGUAUUUGGGAGAAAUCGUCCGCAGGGUCCUAUGUUGGAUGGCUCAGGAAGCUGCAUUUUUCGGUGACACGGUUCCACCGAAACUUAAAGUGCCAUUCACAUUGGGAACACCAGCCAUUUCUGCCAUGCAUCAAGACACUUCCCCUGACCUCAAAGUGGUAGCUGAUCGCUUUAAAGAACUUUUCGAGAUAUCAAGUACCUCCCUGCAGAUGAGAAAAGUAAUUGUCCAGAUUUGCAACAUUGUUGCGACACGCGGGGCACGUCUUGCAGCUGCCGGGAUACUAAGUAUUCUGAGGAAAAUGGGAAGGGAUACGAUCAAGGACGGGGAGAAACAAAGGACAGUAGUAGGCAUGGACGGCGGACUAUACGAACACUAUACGAAAUACCGUAAGUGCUUGGAGAAGUGCCUAAACGAAUUGCUCGGAGAAGAGGUGUCCGAAACCAUUGCGCUUCAGCUUUCAACUGAUGGUUCUGGCAUUGGAGCUGCUAUUCUUGCAGCUUCCCAUUCACGGUAUCACGGAAGGGAUGACUAAGAACUGCUUCUGCAAUUUCUUUUUUCUUUCCCAAAAGUCAUUUUUGAGAAAUUCUUGGCAAAUUGUUAUUCACCAUUUGUGUUUCCUUCUGGUGGUUCAAAAGUGGCUAAUGCUGCGCCACAGCAAU